AAAGAAUGUCCGAGUCAAUAAAAAAGAGAAAGUGGGAUCAAGACGAUAACAAUAGUGAUAAAAGCCCAUCUUCCAAAAUAUCCAAAGUUGAAACUGACCCUAAAAAAGCAGUCAGUGAAGCUGCUGCUAGAAUCAAUGCCAUGUUGGCUCAAAAGAGCACAUAUGAUGAUGGUUUAACACUCUCACCUGGAAAAGAAGGCGAAUUUGUCAAAAACAUUCCAAUCAAUGAAUUAAAGAAUAGAUACAUGUUGACAAGAGGUGCCACACAAACACAAAUUCAACAAGAGACUGGUGCAGAUGUCAUUACCCGUGGAAAAUACUAUCCUGAUAUUUCUCUUGCUAAUGAUAGAGAACCACCGCUUUACUUGCACAUCACUGCCCCUACAAAAGCAGCUCUUGAUAAGGCAGUAGCCAAGAUUGAAGAACUAAUAGAGACAGCUCAAGUACCUCAACCAGGCACUGGAUUUUCAUCCAGAGACGAUAAACCAGAUGGCAUGAAACGACCUGAACGUAAAUUUUUUGAGAAAAGAUUACCUGUUGAAGUCAGUGGUACACCUCACUUUAAUCUUCGUGCCAAGAUUGUUGGUCCUAAUGGUGCUUUUGUGAAGCAUAUUCAACAAGAAACUGGCUGCAGAGUACAAUUGAAAGGAAAAGGUUCUGGGUUUUAUGAAGCCAGCACAGGUGUUGAAUCAGACGAACCUUUGCAUGUUCACCUUUCAUGUAUUCGAGAAGAAGGAUUAGAAGCUGGUAUCAAAUUGACACAAGACUUAUUAGAUACAGUAAAAGCAGAAGCAGAAAGAGGCCCUCCACAAGGAUAUAAAAGAGGAUAUGAUAAUACAAGUCGCGGUGGUUAUAAUGGCUAUAAUAGCUACACCACAUCACCUUCUUCUGCUGGUGCUGAUGCUACUGGUGCAUAUGAUUAUGAUGCUUAUAACAGCUAUUACAGCAGUUAUUAUGGUCAACCAUCUGCUCAAGGAUACCAAUAUGAUCCUAAUGCCUACUACAGUUAUUAUGGAUAUCCUGAUCCUAAUGCAUCUACUGCUACACCACCUUCAGCAACAUCGACACCACCUGCACCUCCUCCACCUCCUCCACCUGCUUCAUCAAGCAGCUCCCCUCCACCUCCUCCACCCCCACCCUCUUCAUAAAAUAAUAAAUGGCGGCUAAUUGUUUAAUUGAAACACAGAAGUGUGCGAAAGAGAAAUAACUCGCUUACUAAUGCAAGAUAUGAAAAGGCCAAAUUUUUUUAGUCUUCUUUUUUUUCUUUUUUCAUUACAUAUCA